CCAAUUCGUCCGCCCGCCCUCACUCGUUCUUCGCUGACCAGCCCUGAUAAAAGCAUAACCAUUCUGUGACGGUUGAUCGUGGAAAGCCCGCGCUCCCGAAGUCCGGACUAGUUUUCCUUUGUAGGCCUGAGUUCCUAGUCCUUUCCAUUUUCUGGUAGAUGGAAGAAGCAUAGCCAAGGAGAGAGGAACUGCCCAGAGAGGACGAGACAGUCGGAACAGAAGAGACCUGCCAAGGAUCCAGUGGAAGUAGUGUUAAAAUGGGCCUCUCCGAAGAGACGGAAAGGAAGCUGCAGAAAAACCACCAGGACCUCUGCAAAUCGCUGAAUCUGGACAAAGGCACAUCAAAUGAGACUUGGAAGACAUUUAAAAAAGUCUACGACACAAUUGUUUUAGAUGGCAAUCCUUUACACUGGCUUGGAUGCGCUUUGUACAUUUCCUGCAAGACGUCAACGACACCGAGCGUGAGUAAAAGCCAUGUCGUCAUCCAGGGGAAUCAAGUGAGCCUGGAUCGGCUCGUACGUGCUAUUGAUCUUAAUUUACAAGAGUUCUUUAUUAAAAUUCGAAAAUGGGUGUCAGUUCAAGAUCUACAGCCUGAAUUAAGGGAAAACAUAAUAAAAUUAGAACAAGUCUUCAAUGUGUCUGUGAUUCUCUUUAAAAAGUUCCAACCAAUAUUCUAUGACAUGUUCCAAACAGUAUCGAGCGAACAAUCAAAGAAUCACAAGUCAAAGAAAUUGCGUCAGCCGCUUCCGAGCAUCAACAGGGUGUUUGAAUUCACCUGGGGCCUUUUUCUUAGCGUAAAGGCCAAUUUUCCAAACAUCGUAAACGAUCUUGUAAACCUGUACCCACUUUUGCUUUGUUGCUGUGAUUUUAUCUACGCGAAUGCCGUUUUGUCUGGACGAAAGGACAUAAUCAAGGAAGGCUUUCAAAUCCAGUACAAAUCAAAGUACAAUGACAUCUCAGAGGUCCCUUGCAUAAUUGACAGGCUUUGUGAACUUCAUGAUGGCAUUCCGAUUGAUGUGAAAUCUGUUAAAGAGUAUUGCUGGCGUAAGCAAGUGAAGGCUUUCUUUGAUAAGUCUAUACUGAAAGGGAAUGCAGAUUUGCUAUCAGGUGUUUUGGACAUCAACAAUUUUGACCAGAACUUCAAGUCUAUUAACAAGAAUUACGAAGAGUUUGUUCUGAGUUCUUCGAGCUUUGAUGAGAGAGUCUUCACAGGAUACCAAACAAAUGGCAAACUAGUGACAGAUUCAGUUUUAAAUUCAAAUGAAAAGGAUCCUAAGCGAAAGUCUUCCGAUAAAUCUAAUAAUGUAAUAAUGCCUUUUAAAAAGAACUUUACCUUUGAUGGGGAGGUGCCUUCAGUGAUAUCUGUGAAGCCAGGUCCUACUCUCAAAAAUAUUCUUUCUUGUCGGCCUCUGGGACCUGGAGAGUACCUCAAACAGCUGAAAUGUACAACAAAGAUGGAAGAAGUUGUUGUCAGCCUGUCUUUAAAACUAGUAAAAAGUCUUACCAGGCUGAACUCAGAUGAAGAACUAAAGUCUAAUAUAAAAGAAAAUGAAUAUAUUGUCAGUUUAGUGAAUAAAAUGUUUUACAAACUUUUGGACUCAAUUUUGGCUGAGGAAAUAAAAAAGCCGGACUACGACGCUGAACGUUUAUUGAAUCAAGAAAUAGUGAUAAACACCCUUUUUGCCUGUGCUUUUGAAAUAAUAUCUUACACGAUGGAAUUGAAGAAAAAUUUUCCUUGGAUUUUAGAAGUUUUAAAUGUAAAUGCGUUUCACUUUUAUAGAAUUAUUGAAGUCGUCGUUAGGAACGAAGACUCUUUGAAGAGAGACGUCAUCAGACAUCUCAAAGUGAUUGAGGAGACAAUUUUAGAAAGUAUGGCUUGGAAAAAGGAUUCCCCACUUUGGACAGCCCUUAUUGAGUCGACACAGCCCAUUCCGACGUCCGAAGAUGUGAUUGUAUCGUCGGCAAAUGAAGAAGGCAGAGAAAAUGAUGACAACCUGGAACUCAAAAUCGAUGUUCUCGCCGGAAAAUCAAUUAAUUUGGUACAUUCUCCUGGUGCACCUUUGGCCGAUAAAUUUCUUUCACCGAAUCGGAACAAGAGACAAAUCGGUGAAACAGUUCACGAAUGGGAACCGGCAAAUAAAGUACUAAAGAUGGCUAAUGAACAAAAUGUGCAUAAUGUGGAGAAGAGAGGGGUGAAGCCAAAGAGGACUGGAUCAAUUGCGCUUUUCUUCCGAAAAUUUUAUUAUUUGGCUUCUGUAAGACUGAAGGAUAUGUGCAAUCAAUUAAGGCUAGUCGAUUCGGAUUUGAGAAUGAAAAUAUGGACUUGCUUUGAAAAGACAAUAGUUCAAAAUGUGAGUCUUAUGUUAGAUCGUCAUUUGGAUCAAAUGUUAAUGUGCUCAAUAUAUGUUAUAUGCAAAAUAGUCUCUCGGGAAAUUUCUUUUAUGGACAUGAUGAAAUGUUACCGUAACCAACCCCAAGCCAAAUCUCAUGUCUACCGGAAUGUGUUGAUCAGACCUAACAAAACUUUAGAAGAGCUCAAAACAAACAAUAAUGCGGACGAACAGGAAGAAAAAGGUGAUAUAAUAAAAUUCUAUAAUGAGAUAUAUAUCCAAAAGGUCAAGGAAUUGACUAAGAAAUUUAGAAACCAGGGUGAGAAUGACAGAUUAGUUUUAUCUCCAAUUCCCACCAGGAAAUGCACACCUGUCAAUUGUCCGAAGAGAGUGUCUGAAUCACUUCCGAUCUAUCUCAGCGGGCAUAAAAGGUACUUGUCUCCAAAUUCUAAUCCUCUCAAUUAUUAUUUCGCCAAAAGCCCUGCUAAAGAUCUUAAAGCUAUCAACAUGAUGGUGAGCCAUGAAAUGAUACCGAAAUUGGGCAGACAACUGUUAAACGACAAUGCGCCAAAUGUACCGGCUGGGUCAUUGGCCACUCGGAGGGUGAGAGAUGUGUUCGCCGAAAGAAUGAAUAUAAUAAAUUAAUUUUAAUUUUA